GUUGUUGUGUGAAAGAAAAUGAAGACGUCCUACCUUGCACUGUGUGUCCUGCUGGUGUUGCUUCUAGCUGAAGCCCAGGUCUCAAUGGCUGUCACUUGCAAGCCAAUAGAGCUGGCAUCGUGUGCUUCUGCAAUCAUGUCUUCGACUCCUCCCUCUAAGCUAUGUUGCAGUAAAAUUAAGGAGCAGAAGCCAUGUCUGUGCAAGUAUCUCAAGGACCCUAACCUCAAAAAAUUCGUCAGCUCCCCCAAUGCUAGGAAGGUUGCCAACACAUGUGGCACCCCAUUCCCCAAAUGCUAGAGCUAAAUGGUUGGUUUGGCUCCAAUCUUCAUCCUCCUCCAUAUCUAUCUCAGGUUGAGCUAUUAAAGGAUUAGCUAGCUACUA